GCUGUCCUAGCCGUCAGCCGCACAGCCGCAGAGCUGCUCCCGACCUCCAACCUGCGAGGGGGCGACACAUCUGCAUCGCUGCUUCAGAAGCCUGCGCUUACCCAUGUGGCCACGAAGUGCGAAGCAAACUGCAGUGGCCAUGGGACCUGCGAGGAAUCCGGUCGCUGCGCCUGCAAGCCCGGAUGGAUAGGCAGCUUCUGCGACAUGCCUCUCUGCCCCAGCAACUGCAAUAAGCGUGGGAUGUGCCUCCAUGGCAAAUGCUUGUGCGAAGCUGGUUGGCAUGGCAAGGCAUGCCACAUCCAGCGCUGCCUGUCUGCUCUCUCUUCGGUUUGA